GCUAGAAAAAGACUCUGAAUACAAAUCGAAAGUAGAGCCACCGUUCAAAUGGCGAAGAGAAAAUCCGACGAGAACUGGGGGAAUUCUGAAAGACCAAGGAAGAGGUUAUCAAAAGGAGAAACCAGCGGAUCUGUAGAAGACGCACUAACCAUCAUUGAGAAACAGGUUCAGAUUGUGAGAGAUAUAAAAAGUCAAGAAAAUACCCACAGUCUUCACGCAAUCAUUGAUCAGCUGCAGAAGAAACUAGAGGCUGAGAAAAAAGCUAAAUCAGAGGCUUUGAAAACUAAAGAAGACGCUUUAAACAGAUUGAGCUCAGUGGCAGCGAAUCGACUUCGAGAUAAUAAUCCCGGUAUUACAGAUCUUAGUGACCCAAAUCGACCUAUCAAAUUAGGAGAAAAGGCUUCUGAGAUCUACGAUAACGAAUGGACAAAUGCUUUAGAAAACCUAGAAGAGUUACGAAAAGCAACGGAUGUAGAAUAUGACGAAGAACAGGAUGUGAUGCUGCUUCUCAGCAUUCUAACAGACAUUUUUCAGAUGUGCAUUGCAGAUACCACCGAGCACAUCGAAAACAUAUCUCGGAUGCUACUUUCUCCAGCAUUGGUGAAAAUUAAACAUAAACCAAAAGUCCCCUCGGUGUUCUUGAAAGAAAUUAAAGAUUUUCGAAGGCAGCAUUGCACGGAAUCAGUUCUUCAAAGUUUAACCGAGCAUUACGUAGAAAAACUCCCCGACCACAACCCGGAACAACUGACGCCGGAUGUGAUGAAAGCUUGCAAGGAGUACAUCCACAGAUGUGUUGAACUUUCGUGGUUGAUGUCCAUUCAAGAUCCGCCUAUGUGUAUGGAAUGGCAAUUUCAGGGUUGUAAAUUCAGAAGGGAUAUAAUGCGGUCUUUUACGAAGAGUGGAGAUAAGGUGCAGUUUGUCGUCUGGCCUGCAUUAUACCUUCAUGAUGGCGGACCUUUGGUUGCCAAGGCGAUUGUUCAAGGAGUGAAAACCGAGAAGAAGAGAAAAAGAAACGAUUAAUUAAACAUAUUGACGUAUGAUUAUAUUUUCAUGUUAAUGCAAAAUAAUUUUAGUGAAUUAUUGUAUAUUCUUUUUAAACAGGCGCUACUAUCUAAUGUUAUUAAUGUUUCCAAAGAAAAUUAAUUUGAAAAUCAUAGAUUAUUUUUGAUUCCUUUUCCAACCAUGUAAAAUGAGCACAUGUAGAUGUCAUUUCCAAACUCAAACUUAAACACGAUGUUUCCUUUAAUCAUAAUAUGUAUAAUCAUAAUAUGUAUCCCUUACAUCAGAUUUUUUUUAUGUGGGCCAAUUCAUCUUUCUCUAUGUACCGCACGUUACAGACGUCAUAUUGAUUGGAAGCGCUAGAAUAUUACAUGUAUAUUUCGUAAUUUAUAUGCACCAUCUAUAGAGUGUGUACAUGUAUAUGUAUUCUUUUGAGACAUAGAAAAGUGGGUGUUUCGGUUCUUAUUUUUGAGACAAGGUCACUCCAAGGUCACACUCUUUUUAUGCCAAAGGAUCAUGACAUUCUGUUGGAGCAUAUAUGGAUAAUUAUAAGCAUAUAUGAAUAUUUAUAAGCAUAUAUGAAUAUUUAUACUUGUGAUUCGUUUUUGCUGCACAAUAACUGCGUAUGAACACAUUUCUGUCUGUUGGCAUAGCAUAACUAAUAAAAUAAACUUGCAAACUCUGUAA